AUGGGUAUACCGAAAUUCUUUAGAUACAUCUGUGAAAGAUGGCCUUUGAUUUUACAAUUAAUUGAAAAUGAUAACGUCCCAGAAUUCGAUAAUUUAUAUUUGGAUAUGAAUUCUAUUCUUCACUCGUGUAGUCAUGGUGAUAGAGGAGAUACAGAAGGAAUCAUUAAACCGUUGACGGAAGAAGAAAUAUUUACAAGAAUAUUUAUUUAUAUCGAUCAUCUGUUCCAAUUGAUAAAACCAAAAAAGGUAUUUUACAUGGCAAUUGAUGGUGUAGCUCCAAGAGCUAAGAUGAAUCAACAAAGAUCUCGUAGGUUUAGAACCGCAAUGGAAAAUGAAAAAGCGAUGAAUAAAAUUAUCGAAAAUGGUGGGGUCAUAUCAGAAGAGAUUAAACCGUUUGAUCCCAACGCAAUCACGCCAGGUACUACCUUUAUGGAAAAGUUGACUAAAUAUUUAAAAUACUUUAUUCACGAUAAAAUUUCAAAUGAUAUAAAUUGGGCAAAUAUUGAAAUCAUUUUGUCUGGUCAUGAAGUCCCAGGUGAAGGUGAACAUAAAAUAAUGGAUUAUAUAAGGAAGAAAAGAUCUCAAAAGGGUUAUAAUCCCAAUCUAAGACAUUGUAUUUAUGGUUUAGAUGCAGACUUGAUUAUUUUGGGACUAUCAACACAUGCCCCACAUUUUGCUAUAUUAAGGGAAGAAGUUACCUUUACCAAAACUUUGAAAAAUAAAAAGACAGGCCUAGAGUUACAAAGGUUUUAUUUUUUACAGCUCUCAUUACUGAGAGAAUAUCUGGAACUGGAAUUUAAAGAUAUUGCCAAUAAGCUGAAAUAUAAGUAUGAUUUUGAAAGAAUUUUAGAUGAUUUCAUAUUGAUAUUGUUUGUGAUUGGUAAUGAUUUUUUGCCGAAUUUGCCAGAUUUACAUUUAAAUAAAGGCGCAUUUCCUGUAAUCUUGGAAACAUUCAAGUUGUCGUUACUUAGUUCAGAAGGGUAUAUAAAUGAAAAUGGGACAAUUGAUUUAAAAAGAUUGAGCACUUGGAUUGACUAUUUAUCUAAAUUUGAGCUGAUGAAUUUCAAACAAAAGGAAUUUAAUGAAGAAUGGUUUAAUAAACAACUGAUUGCACUUGCAAAAGAAAAACAAGCCGAUUCUAAAGGAAACAAAUUACUUAUAAACAACAGAAGAAAAAUAUUAUCUAAGAUAGAAAAUUGGAUAAAUGAAGAAGUAUUUGCAAACCAAUUGAUUAAUGAAAAUGUCGAAUUAAGAUUGAAAAGAAAUGUCAUUAUAGGCAAUUCAGAUUUUUUUAAAGCUUUGUGCAAAGAUCUCUCGUUGGAAAUAGUAAAAGAUAAGAAGAAAAAUGAAUAUCUAAUACAUCCAAUAUUUAAAGAGAAUCAGGGAGAGGUGGAAACUACCGAACUGGGAUUACAAUACGAGGAAAUGAAAAAUGUCCUGAAAAAACAUAAGGAUAGCUAUAAGGAAUUUCACUCAACGCCGGAUAAGUUACCGAAACUUGACAAGCUUGAUGAAUUUAAUAACGAAUCAUUCACAAAGAUGAAGUCAUCAUAUUAUCUAAGGAAGUUAUCAAUUGAUAUAACUGACGAGGAAAAAGUUACGGAUUUGGCAAAAAAUUAUGUAGAAGGAUUACAGUGGGUGAUGUAUUAUUAUUAUCGUGGGUGUGCAUCAUGGGGAUGGUUUUACAGAUAUCACUAUGCUCCAAGAAUAUCUGACAUAUACUUGGGAUUAAAUCAAAAAAUUCAAUUCGAAAAGGAUGAUCCUUUUACACCUUUUCAACAAUUAAUGGCAGUUUUGCCGGAAAGGUCAAAGGAAUUAAUACCUACCAUUUUUAGGCCCUUGAUGUAUAACCAAGAUUCCCCAAUCUUGGAUUUUUAUCCGUCAGAGGUUAAACUAGAUCGUAAUGGGAAAUCAGCGGAUUGGGAAGCAGUAGUAUUGAUUAGCUUUGUAGAUCAGGAGAGAUUGGUAGCUGCAAUGGAACCCCUUUUAAAAGACUUGGAACCAAAAGAUGCUAGAAGAAAUAAAUUCGGUACUGACAUUUUGUUUUUAUAUGAAAAUGUAGAGAAAGAGAAUUACAGAUCGCCUAACAUAAAUAUAUUUCCUGAUAUUUUCUCAGAUAAGUGUCACGAAGAAAUAUUUUCACUGGAAAUACCUGAAAAGUUACAGUAUGGACUUUUACCUGGUACAUUCUUAAGACAAAAAUUAUUAUUUGGAUUCCCUACAUUAUAUACUCUACAAUUUAUGGGGAAACAGGGUAUGCUUGGGUGUAAAAUAUUUGAGAAUCCAUCAAAACAAGAGACUAUGUCAUUAAUUAUUCAUAAUAGAAAAAAAGAGGACUCUGCAUCCAUUGAAGAUUUUUCAACAAGGUAUUUAGGAAAAACGAUUUAUAUACAUUGGCCAUACCUAAAGGAAUCUAAAUUACAUUCGAUAUACAAUGAUGGAAGAUUUUACGAACUACAAUUCAUUCCAGAUAAAUUAGGGCAUAAGCAUAAGAAAUUUGUCACAAGGUCAGCAACUAGUGAAGAAAAAGCAAUUAUGAAUAAAAUGAAAGAUAAAUGGAGUAGGAAUUUAAAAAAUCAGGGAGGUAUCAUAACUGAACCAAUCCAUUCUCUAGUUGUUGUAAACAGAUUUAAAGGAUUUGGUAAAUCUAGAAAAGAUGCAUUAAUAAGGUCAUAUGAGGAAGAGGUAGAGUAUUAUCCCCUUCAGCUGGUAAUUGAAAAGGUGAUGCAUAAUAUGGAAAUUGCACUACUGAACUCACAAGAUCAGUUAAGGACGGAAUAUAAGAUAGGUUCUACUUUUGUUUACUUGGGUGAUAAUUUAUAUGGUGCAAAAGCUAAAAUUAUUGAACUUGACGAAAAUAAUAAAUUUGUUGUGGAAAUUGAACCUUUUAAUUCGAACAAUGAAAAUAUGUUAAAGAGAUUUAGAAUAAAGGAUAAGGAAAAUAUUAAAUAUUAUCCUUCAUUUGUUUUAGCUAAAAUGCUUAAGAUCUCAAGCUUGGCUUUAUCACGCAUAACUUCGAAAUAUAGAAUUACUGACAUGUCUGGUCAACAAAUUAAUGUCGGACUUCCUUUAAAGAACCCAGGUCGUGAUAUUAAAGUUGAAGGUUAUUCAAGGAAAUUGCUCAAUUUCUGGGAAUUCUCACAUGCUACUCUCGACUUGAUUAUAUCAUUCAAAUCUACAUUCCCAGAAUUAUUUAAUGAUUUAACGAAAGAAGGACCAAAAAUAACAUCAGCUGAGAAUAUUCUCAUGAAUAUGACUAGCGAAAACAGAUCGUUAUUACUUCAGAAAGCAAGGACUUGGAUUAAAGAAAACACAAAGGAUUUGGAAUUGGUGCCUGUUACAAGUAAGCAAUUAUCUGGUAGUGUUGUUAGAGAGAUUGAACUGAUAGUACAGAAGCAAAAAAGUGACAACAGUGAAAAAAAGCCCCUGCGUUUUUCAAAUAUUAUUAGUCAAUAUUUAUUGAAUCCUUAUGAAUCCUCUAUUUUGUUAGAAACACAAAACUUCUUAUUAGGUGAUAAAGUAAGAUAUAUAUUAAAAUCAGGACUGGUACCAGAAGGCUCCAUUGGUACCGUUAUUUCACUUCGGACUGUAGCAAAGCUUUUAUAUAUUGACGUGUUAUUUGAUGAUGAAUUUCUAGGAGGUAGGACCUAUGGGGAUGUUAUUACAACUGGGAGAGUAAUGGCAGUUAAAUGUACAUCUUUAUUGAAUUUAACAUCAACAUCGUUACUUGCACGUGGUACAAAUCCUAAAAAGUUGGAAAGAAGUGUUGCCAAGAUCGUAACUGGAUCGAAAAAGGAAGUUAAUAAGAAUUCUGGAAUGAAACAGAAAGGAGAUAAAUCUAUUCCGGUGACUUCAAAAAAGAAAUUUAUAUUUAAAUGA